UCAACCACAAGCACAAGUGCAAGAUGAGGAAAUUACAGAGGAUGACCUCCGUCUCAUUGAGGAGAGGGAAUCUUCCAUUAGGCAGCUUGAGCGUCAAAGAAAAAUACAGAAAGACCGACUUGUGGGGGAGUUCACCACAGCACUAACAAACUUCCAACGACUCCAAAGGCAAGCUGCUGAGAAAGAAAAAGACUUUGUAGCCAGAGUAAGAGCCAGCUCAAGGGUAUCUGGUGGUGCUGCUGAAGAUGGCUACAAAGAAGGAACACUUGUCUCUUGGGACAGUCAACCACAAGCACAAGUGCAAGAUGAGGAAAUUACAGAGGAUGACCUCCGUCUCAUUGAGGAGAGGGAAUCUUCCAUUAGGCAGCUUGAGGCAGAUAUUAUGGACAUCAAUGAAAUUUUUAAAGAUCUAGGAAUGAUGAUCCAUGAACAAGGGGAUGUGAUAGACAGCAUCGAAGCCAACGUGGAAAAUGCAGAGGUUCACGUGCAGCAAGCGAACCAGCAGCUGUCGAGAGCAGCAAACUACCAGCAAAGGUCCCGAAAGAAGAUGUGCAUCCUCAUUGUUAUCCUUGUUGUUGGGUUAUCUCUCCUUGGAAUCGUCAUAUGGUUACUCAGCAAAUAAGCCUCUGGAGAAAGCGUUGUCACUGGUAUUUAAAUUAUGGAAGGAAAUUCCUGGUCAUGGUUUGCUCAUUGUGAAGCUGAGUCAAAUAACCCUUCUGUACUUCAUCACACUUAUUUUUAUUUUUUAGAAGACUUUUUUUGUUUUAACCUGAGAAGUACCAUUCUCAGUACUACCACCAGUGUAACCGCCCGCCCUCUUGGAUGUGAGCGCUGUCUUACCAGAAAAUAAACAGUUUAAAUAAUAAACUGUUCUGUCAACUUAAACGUAAAAACCUCUUAAGGUUUGGGGGGGGCGCUAAUCAAAAUCCAGAUAAUUUGUUUUGGAAGGGGUGGGUAAUUAUCUUUUGGGAUAUUGCUAAACGUUGCUGCCAAAACGAACUCCUGAAUUGUUGCUUGAGGCGACAGAUUCCCAUCUCAGCGUUUAUUUUUUUGAAGUUAGAAAUGUUUUUGGUGUCUCUUUCCCUUCCAUCCCACCCGCCUGCCCAUUUGAGAUGGGUGGUUCAGAAAUGAAACGUAGGUUGCUGAAGUUACUUUUAAAAAAAACCUGAAGCUUUUGAAUCAAGCCUUCGGUUCGCCUGAAAUCUUUUAAUGCUUCGUGUAUCUCUGUACCUGGCGUUGAGUCCGGUUACGCCUGGAAGGCUCCUGCCAAAGGUAAUUUGGGUGGAUGACGUAAUUAACGUGGAUUUCUGUUUGUUUUCAGUUCUUGCAUUAAGAAAUACUGUGUUUUAUGUGCACACGUCUGGUAUCUUUUGAGUCCCAAACGUGCGUCGAUGAGCUUGGCUGGAUGAAAAUAAGCUCUACUCUGUGAAUUCUGAAAUUUACUGGGAAGAAGAAUUAAUUCCCAACUUCCUAACUGCACUUGAAUGUCUCUGUUCCGAAACUGCUGUGAUUCAGUUUCCAUGAACAGAUCCAAAGCUGUACGUGAGGUCUCUCCUACAGCCAGGGAAAAAGAAGAUUUUACAAGUGAAAUUCCAAGUUCAACAGUGGGUAUUUGAGAUCCAGUUGAAAUCGGUUGAACUGAUUCAAACUGUUGAAGAGGUUCGAUGCUUAUCGCCUUUAAAAUGACCUUUUUUCCUUUUGUGCCAUUUUGUACUAAUAUAUUAAAAAAAAAAUAUGUAACAGCACCUUUUUUUUGCCAAUUAAUCUAUUUGCCUUUUUAAUUGAUCUUGGUGAACUAAUCCGAAAAGUGUACAGAUGAAAAAGUCACUUAAUCUGUAUUUUAUAGAGUUCUUGUACACCAGACUGAUAGAGAAAGCACUGUUUACCUCGUGAGCUAUGAAGUAUUAUUUGGGAACGAUCUAACUGUAAAGCAUAAAUAGACUUCAAAAUUGUAACUGUGCAGCCAAAAUAAAGGUCUUUUAAAGAGUA